AUGGCCAGUCCGCCCAUGGACAUGACGUGGAGUGGGAGUCACAUCCGCUGGGGUCAGCCGUUCAGACUGAGACACGUGACCACAGGGAAGUAUCUGAGUCUGAUAGAAGACAAAUCCCUGCUGCUGAUGGACAAAGAGAAAGCUGAUGUCAAGUCUACAGCCUUCUGUAUAAGGUCCUCCAAGGAAAAGCUGGAUCCAGGGGUGAAGAAGGAGGUGGAUGGGAUGGGUGUUCCUGACAUUAAAUAUGGCGACUCUGUGUGUUACAUCCAACAUGUUGACACCAGCCUGUGGCUUACAUACCAGACUGUUGAUGCCAAGUGUGCACGCAUGGGGGGAGUACAGAGAAAGGCCAUCAUGCACCAUGAGGGUCACAUGGACGACGGGCUGACGCUGUCUCGGUCUCAACACGAGGAGAGUCGCUCUGCCAGAGUCAUCCGCAGCACUGUGUUCCUGUUCAACCUCUUCAUCAGGUGA